AUGAACGGACCGCUGUUCAAUCCACCUCGAGAUGGAGGCAUGGAUGGGGCGGAUGCACAGACUAUGGCUGCUGUUAGGAGUAUGCAAAUGCUCAUGGAGUCCUGUCCCGGAAAGACCGCGGUCUCAGGCGUAAUGGGCUUUGCACUCGGCGGCGCAUUCGGGCUUUUCAUGGCAUCCAUGCAAUACGACACCCCCCUCUCCACCAACCCCAACGCGCAAGCCAUCACCUCCCUUCCCCUCCGCCAACAGCUAAAACAAGGGUUCCGCGACCUCGGAUCCCGCUCCUACUCCUCCGCCAAGAACUUCGGCAAAGUCGGCGCAAUCUUCGCAGGCACGGAAUGCUGUAUAGAAGGCUUUCGAGCCAAGAAUGAUUUGAAGAAUGGGGUGUUGGCAGGCUGCAUAACGGGUGGUGUGUUGGCGGCGCCGGCGGGACCGCAGGCUGCUGCGUUGGGGUGUGCGGGCUUUGCGGCGUUUAGUUUGGCGAUUGAUAGUUAUAUGCGGAGGCCGAGCGAGACGGACUAA